AUGUCGGACGGUGCAUUAUCGCGCUCUAUGGAGCCUUCUGCCACGUCUUCCUCAUCCGGGAACGGUGAUCAGGGCUAUUCUUUGCACAACCUCAACAGCGUCGAAUCUGCAAGGGACGAUUCCGGGCGCGAGAAUUUUCUCGGUCCUGCUGGACUGGAAGACUAUGACCACGAAGAAGCAAGCAUUCUUCUCGCUCCUCAGGAGCUGUCGGAGCGGCCAGAUGGUGAUCAGCGUUUCCGUUGGACUCGCCAUGACCGGUUCUAUAAGUCAGAGUCUAUUUUACGAGCGGUGCUGAGCUGGAUCAAAGGUCCACAACCGCCUCGAGUCUUUCGGAUUUACUCUUCGGAAUGGCUCCAAGAUGCGUGCGACCACCUCCUUGACAGGCUCUUGCCAACUAAAUGGCUCAAGGUGUUUGCUCUGGUUACGGUCUAUGUUCUGUGGAGUGGGCUGUUCCUUUUGGCACUUCGAAGGGCGGUGGUAUCGAGCACUGAUUCUGUCGAUGGCCAGCCAACCAGGCUAGACUGUACAGCUCGAUUGUGGCUUAAUAGCACGCUUUGUGGAUUGGACGGCGAGGAGUGUCGCCCUUUCGAGGACAAUCACUUUCCGUUCGUUUGCCCGGCUGGGUGUAAAGAUGUCAUUUUACUCGAGCCUCAUUAUAUUGGAUCUCAGCAAGUCAAUUAUCGUAGCCUUGUCGUCGGAGGGCAGCAAUCUCUCGACGACCCGGCCUCUGCCAUCUACCGCGGUGAUUCAUUCAUAUGUGCCGCGGCAAUCCAUGCCGGCAUCACCACCAACUCCCGGGGCGGCUGUGGAGUGCUUCUGCGUGCUGGAGAACGGUCCAACUUCCCAAGCGUCGAUGCCCAUGGUAUCAGCAGUAUCGGAUUCCCAUCCAACUUCCCGCUAUCCUUCUCCAUCAACUCGUCCAACUCGGCGAGUGGUGCGUGCAGAGACUCUCGCUGGAUGUUCCUGGGCACGUCGAUCCUGGUCACCUCGGUCUUUUCCGUCUUUGUGACCUCUGCGGCGGCGUUUUUCUGGUCGAUCUUUGUGGGUGUCUUCUUCCACGUGGCCCUGAUAUCGGAUCCCCCCUUCUACCAAGACUACGCGGACGUGGUGUCGAUGGCGUUCCGACGGUUCCUGCCAGCCGCAUUCGUCGGCCACGUCAUUUAUCGGUAUUGCGUCCGUCGAACGUUGUCCGAUCUCAGGGCCCCGAUCGAGAAGACCGUCCUCUGGCUUGGGGGUUGUUGGGUCGGCGCAUUGAACAACGUCACCUUUGACCGCAUCCCGAUAUCGCGAUUGACCCCGCACGACCUGAAGCAACAGCCUGGCGCUAUCCUGGCGCUGUGUCUGAUUAUUGGGAUCCUCCUGAUCAUCGCCGUCGGCCAGGCCUGGUGUUUUCGGAGUGAAGGUCGAAUGCCGCGGUACUUGUCGUUCUACGGCGUCGUGGGCGCGGUUUUGGUGGCUCUGGUUUUGAUCCCCGGCAUGAACGUCCGCAUCCAUCACUACAUCCUGGCGCUGAUCCUGCUCCCGGGGACGUCGCUCCAGACCCGCCCGAGCCUGCUAUACCAGGGCAUCCUGGUCGGGCUGUUCCUCAACGGCGUCGCGCGGUGGGGGUUCGACAGCAUCUUGCAGACGCCGGGCCAGCUCCUGCAAGACGGCGCCGCCGUGGGCAGCGUGGUCCCUUUGCUCCGUACCGCGCCGCUCAUCGUUGGGCAGAACAUCACGUUGAGUUUUGACCAAGUGACGUCGUCCUCGUCUUCUUUCGACGGCAUCGCCGUCCUCGUCAACGACGUCCUGCGCUUCCAAGCCUUUUGGGCCGACGCGGAGGACAUGACCUUCCACUGGACGCGGCGCAGCGUGGUGCCAGGCGACCCGGAGUUUUUCAGGUUCGCAUACGUCAAGAGACACGCGGUCGGCGGCGUGGGAGAGUGGUACGGCGAUUUCUCCCCGCCGGCCGUGUGGUUUGGGAAUGGGACCUGGGUGGCGGGUUAG